UUUUGAUUUUACAGUGAUACAACAUCGUACUUAACCGCGUGCUUACCAAACCAAGUACAUAAAUACCACAAUGGACGCUGAUGAUAAGAUGGAGCCGGCCUCGGGUGAACCCUCCAGUCCACAAGAAUCUGAUAAGACUGUUGUUAAAGUAUGGAUUUCAUUUACUUCCAUAAGUGACAUUGAUGUCAUUAAACAKCAAUUUACAGCAGAAUUCAUCAUGACGGCGACAUGGYUGGACCAAAAGUUAGAGGGAAAGAAAAACGAGGACAUUGAUUGGAGUAAAGAAUGGAACCCAAACAUCACCUUCCCAAAUGGAGCCAACAUAGAAAACAUAGAAAAAKCACARAGACUGUUCACUAUGGAGCAGGAUGGUAAGAAUGUCACACAAGUCCAGGAAUUGUACAGGGUCAGAAGAACUUUUAGAGCAACCAUGGGGUUGAGUAAUUUCCCCUUAGACUCACAGGAGUUAUCCAUCGUCCUAUCAUCUGAUUGGUCGGACAAAAACGUCGUAUUCGAAAAAGACAUGUUCAAAGAUGACAAUAUAGCGACUGAUGCCGGCGCAUCGUCACCCGAGUGGUUACUUUGCAAACACGUCCAUACAGAUGUUGAUUCUCAAGUUACGAAACUCCCUGGUCCGCCGAGUGACGCUGCUCAACCGUUGUACGUCAUAAGAUGUCACGUGAUUAGAAAGCCCUGGCAUUACUUCUGGAACAUUGCGUUGUUGAUGUUUUUCAUCACUGGACUGUCGUUUGCGUCUUUUAUGUUCACCGCAUACCAACUUAUUAUUGCCUUGGUGAUACUGCUGACCGGUGUGGUAUUCAAGUUUGCUGUUACAAGAAACCUUCCGUCAGUACACUACUCAACGCUACUGGAUAAAUACUUCUGCAUCCAUUUGAUGUUUAUUUGUUUGGUUGCACUGUUGAGUAUUGGCACCACAGCUCUUGGGACACCAUUAUACAACCUUGCGUGUACUCUAGGAACUCUUGGUAUUUUUGCCAUUAUACAGCUCGUGUGUGGUAUUGUGAGCUUCUUAAAGCUACGAGCAUCACACCAAGUAGAAACCAAGUAUUCAAAUAUAUACCAGAAACGAGCCGAUGAAAUAGAACGCAUGCGAAGAGAACGAGACUGGUAUGCUGAGAGAAGUAAAAUGCCUAAGACACCCACCAUCCUWCUGACCCCAGCCACAGCAAGACAGUUCUUGUUUCCAAGCAAUGGCAGCACACCCAAAUCCAAAUCCAAAUCACGGGCCAGCCCAGGAAAGGUGAUCGAUCCAACUAAGUCGUACGUGUAAAUAGAGGCCUUUUUGUCAYGAACAUCGUGAGAUGGAUGAAGGUCUCCGCCCGACUAUUUCAUCUCAUGUUUAUAUUUCUUACUUUUUAUAAAAGAGAUAUUGUGUUUUUUUUUACCUGCAUAAUAAAUCAAAAUAACCUUAGCUGA